AUGAUUUCGAACGUCGCAGUUGUGCUGAAAUUUUUGCUCAUUCUUUUUGCGAUAACGCAAAUUCAAUCUGAUAAUCUAGUAGAAGGACCAAACGCUGAGAACCAGUGUGGUUUAUCCUUAAAUGAAAGUGAAUUAGUGAACAAUGGAAAAGUGGUGAAAACAAACGAGUGGCCGUUCUUAGUGGCAUUGAUGUAUGUUGCCGAUAUGAAGUUUUUCUGUGGUGGAACUCUCAUUUCACGUAGUCACGUCCUAACAGCUGCACAUUGUCUUCAAGACAAAGGCCAGGAAACACCUUUAACGCCAUCACAAUUUGUUUUGCAUCUCGGAAAAUAUAAUUUGAGUGCCCUCUAUGAACCCGGUUCAAUCACAGCUUUUCCUGAAAAGAUAACAAUUCAUCCCAAGUGGAAUAUUCGUCAAGUGAAAUAUGAUUCAGACAUUGCAUUAAUCAAAAUUUAUGGAACUGUCCCUUUAAGUUCAAAUAUUUAUCCUGCGUGCUUAUGGACGUCCGAAUUAGGAGUGAGAAAUUAUCAAACUGGAACUGUUAUCGGCUGGGGAGUCACCAAAGAUCAGCUGAAAUCCCAACAUCAAUCAAUUCCAAGACAUAUCGAGCUGAAAAUUGUUACUAAUCCAGUUUGCUAUGAAGACGAAGUUAUUGCAAGUUUAAUUUCAAGUCGCACAUUUUGUGCUAAGGGUAUCAGUGGCGGUGGUUUAUAUAUGAAGGCCAAUGUUAAAUGGUUUAUUAAAGGAAUCAUUUUGUCUUCACUUCACACGGAUGAAGAAAUUUGUGACGAUGAAAGUUAUUCAGUCUUCACUGAUGUUACAAAAUUUACUAAUUGGAUAGCUAAAGAAUUCGCAAUUGAAACUGAUAUGACGUGCAAGUUUGAUCUACAUCGUGAAAUGUAUACCUGCUACCCAAAAAACCUCGUUAUUCAGCAGCCUUAUGUAAAGGUAUCAGUAAUGAAGGGAUAUCAUUCAGACCAACGCAACAACAGCGAUGUCAAUGUGUUUUUUCUCCAACGCCAAAACACAUCAUAUCUGCCACAUGGAAUUCCGGAACUCUUCCCAAACCUGAGAAGCUAUUGUGCAUAUGAAACAAAUUUGAAGCACAUUCAAAGAAGUGAUUUUAGCGGUUUUCAAUUUUUGACAGGCAUUGAGAUUUCUGAAAGUGAGCUUGUUAAUAUUCCAGCAGACACCUUUUAUGAUGUUCCAGGUUUAAAAUAUUUAAGACUUGUUAAAAGUCAGAUUGCUUCAUUUGACGUAGAUUUGUUCAUCAAUAGUCCCAAUUUAGAAGAAUUUUAUGCUUACGAGAAUCAAAUUGAAAAUCUCGAUGGUCGACUUUUUAGGAAAAACUUCAAUUUGGAAAGAAUCCACAUGAGUGAAAACAAAUUGAAGUACAUCGAUUUAGAUUUAUUCACACAUUCGAGAAAGUUGAGUUAUGUCAACUUUCUGGACAACACUUGCAUUUCGGAAUUUUAUCCUAAAACUAUAUAUUUCGAUGACUUCAAAGCAAUAAUUGCGUCAAAUUGUAGCAUGUAG